AUGCCGUUCACUGCUACAUCCGUCCUUCUUUCUAUUGCAGCAUUGCUAUUCUAUUGUCUCCAUGUUGAUGCCGCGCCUGGCUACUGCAACGGCGAAUCACUCAAGAGGGGCUGCCAAAGGAUCGGCCUCGACGGGUUUUUCCAGUACACCUUCGCUGCAAGAGUUCCGGUCUAUGCAUCCGGGAGCACAUUCGCAGAAGACUGCAUGAUGAACAACGGGGCCGAAGGGAAAGGCGUGAAGGCUCUCCAGUAUUCCCUGAACAACUGCUAUACCAGCAAGCCGCAGGAUAAGUUGGAAGAAGACGGCAAAUACGGAUCGCUCACCAAAGCGGCGGUCAAGGCUGCGCAGAAGAGGAUCGGUGCUGAUCAAGAUGGAAUUUAUGGGCCUGAAACGAAGUCGAAGAUGUCCUGGUACGGGAAAGGGCUGAGUUAUCCAGAGAAUCGCUGUUUCCUUUAUAAAUACACGUUAGGCGGGUGCCUAAGGUAA